AUGCUGGGCGCCGGCGCGGGCGGCCCCGCAAGCUCGCGAGAUCUCGUCGCCCCGCCCCGCGGCCGGUCGGGCUGCCGGAAGGUGGGGCCCGGGAGUCGCGGGCGCCCGCGGCGACGGGGCAAGGCUCUGCCUGCUUUCAGCUGCCCCCCUGACUCCAGCCUCCUGGAGGAUCACCUUGAUGCAGGCCUGUUCUCUCUCCACAGUGACUGUCUCCAGGGCAGACACAGACCCAUAGUGACCCUCCGUGACGGGGCAGCGAGGGCUCAGCAGAACUGUCCCUCAAUAGAACCUGUGCCUCCAGGGUCCUCUCCUGCCCUCCUCAGCCAGGACCUCACCGGUUCUGUCUCUGGGGGUACCCACGUGAACCCCCUCCCGUCCUGCCCCACCUGGGCCUUCCCAGACACUCUGGCCAGCUUCCACUCUGUAAUUCAUGCUUUUGUCCUGGCGAUUAAAAUGCUUUGUGUUACAGUUCCCUUCCAACCCAGCAGCCUCAGCAGCCACGGCGGCCACUUCUUCUGGGCCACGUGCUCUGGCGCUGAGGAGAUAAACAUCUAGGCCCUGCUGUCCUGUGUCACUCUGGGACGCGAGCUGUACGAUGUGUGCUCAGAGUCAGCCGAUGUGCGUGCCACUCCAAGCAUGCUCUCCCCCCUGGGGACACCCCACAGAGGGCUCCCAGGAAACCCUUCCUGCUAUUCCCCCACAGCCGUGGUGGUGGCUGGGCCCGCCCCCACCCCCCACACUGCCGCUACUGCAGCCCUGCCGAGCCCCCCCUGGUCCCCCCCAGAGAGCAGGAGCCCCAGCAGCUCGCCCUUCUCCCCUUCUGGAGUCCAGUGCGCGCUGGGGCAGGAGCACAGUCUGGCCCCCGAUCCCCUGGGUGGCCGCAUGCAGCUCCUCGGCCACAUGGCAGCGGUCCCUGUCCCUGGGGAUCCCCGGCCCAGUGUUCCUCUUCUCUGUCACCGCGGCCUCGGCUUUUCCCUGCUAAACCCGACCAGGUUCGUCCCUGUCCCCCAUCGCCACCGCCACGGCUGUCAGGCGCGAGGCCACAGGCGUGAGGGUAACUGGGAGGUGGCAGUACCGUCUUUUCUGCGCAUCAUUCUCCGUCACGUGCACCAGGUGGAGAUCACGGUGCUGCUGCGACAGAGUUUUGCGUGGGUCUGUAUCUCACUGGUGAGCAGUGACAGUGACUACGGGCAGCUGGGGGUGCAGGCGCUGGAGGACUGGGACACCGGGGGCAUCUGCCUCCCCUUCAGGGCUAUUGUGCCCUCCUCUGCCCGGGCAGACAGCCAAAGGAUGCAGAGCACUGUCCUCUGCCUGGCCUGAAUGAGGGCCGCCAUCGUGGUCAUUUUCUGUAGGCAGCUAGAAAGACUGUUGUCGGAGUCCGUGGUGCUGGCCACCCUGACGGCCAAGGCGGGGGUCGCCCCAGAAAACUGGGCCAUCUCCACACACAUCAAGGUGCCUGGGGUCAGAGGCACCAGCACGGUGCUGGGUGCGGCCCUCUGGCCGAAACUUGUCCCUGGCCUGAAGGAAUUUGAAGACAACAGGGCCCAGAAGGCAUGCCCCAGGGGCUCCUGGGGCAGCAGCAGCCAGUGUUGCAGGGAGUGCUGGGCUUUCAUGGCACAGAAGACGCCCGCGCCCUGAGCACCCCCUGUGAGCUCCGCCUACACCUUGUAUGGGGCUGUCCCGGUGGCUCACGGCCUCCACCAGCUCCUGGGCUGUGCCUCCAAAGCCUGUUCCAGAGACUGAGUCUAUCCCUGGCAGAUUUGCAAGGUGAAUUUCCCUCUGCAUGAGGACACUGUGGCACUUAACAACAACUACAACCCCCUCAGCAGCCACAACAUAACUGCCCUGGACUGGGGUGGCCCCAAGUGGACCUUCACGGUCACUGACUCCCCCACCUGGCCUCCAGUCCGGCUGGACAUAAAUAAGACUAAACCUAGCCCUGGCUGCUGUGUUACAGAACAAGUGUGGCUUCUUGCCGGUGUCUAUGUCUUUGUGCCCCCCGACUGUCUCGAAGGGUGCCAGCAAGGGAUUCUGGGCUUCCCCCACUGUUGCUUUGAGCGCAAGCCCUGUGAAGCUGGGGUCUUCCUCAACAAGAGUGGGGAGAGCCCAAGUGAAUGGGUGAAUGAUUGCACAGCAGGUGAAGGGACAUCCCUGGGGCUACAUGCGUGCACACCUGACCCCAGAACCAGGGCCCCGGUCACUUAGCUCCCAGGCAGGUACAGGUUGGAGGACAUUGGCCCAGACCAUUCUGAUCAAGCAAAAAGAAACAACCAGUCGAAAGCUUCAGGCCAACCUUGCCCUUUACUAGACAGCUCCCGACCGCCUCCUACAGAGGCAGUGUUAUUCUAAAUGUCACCUCUUUGUCCCAAUGGGCAUAGCUCUGUGUCCUCAGUGCACCUUCCCGUGCUAUCCCUCUAUUGUCCGUGCCCAUGGGCAGCUAGAUGCUAGAUUCAAGACACUAGACAGCUAGUACCUUGAAACAAAACGUGGCCGGAAUGCAUGUACUAGCACGUCUGCCACAGAAAAACACGAGCAUGAGCCACCCAGAGGUGUGAAGCCAAGAUCAGAAAGCAAACCGAGGUAACUAGGGCUCAGCUCAGAGCUGGAUCCAGGGGCCGCAUGAUUUCCUGUUACUACCCCUGUGGGA